UGAGUUCUUGGUUUUUUCCACUUUCUGUGCGGACAGAUUUAGGGCUUGCGCUUUGCGAGUGGGGGUAAAAUUCGAUGGUGUGCUGUUCCAGCUUUGUCCACAUACUGCUUGGAAAUUUCAGGAGGUUUUUUCAGUCAAGUCAAGCACAUCUUUUUUGCUAGACUAGGCCAUGAGAUGGAGGUUAACGUCGAACUGUACCCACCUCAGCUAAAAAUAAUAAUAAUUCUCAACAACAGUAUCCAAGUGGCUGUAUUGUUUAUUCUUGUUUAGUUAUGACGCAGAUGAAUACUACUCGCUAAAGAUUGUGACUUUCUUAGUUGUCACCUCGUCGUGUGGAGCCCUGUGGGUUCUUGCUCUUGACUUUUAUCAAACAAUGAUUGCUUGGCAAGUGUCUUGUUUGAUUCGUCUGCCCUUUGGCUUGCAUCGCCAGAGUUUGCUGGCUUGCGCUGGCAUUUAAUCAAAAGUAUAAUCAUUCCCCCAAGUAUAAUCAGGAUUAGCAUAAUCUUUAGCUUCAACUAUUUAUAUGAUAUAUUUGGCUUGUCUGUAGUCUGUAGUGGCCAAGAACAUCCUGAAGCAGAUUUAUCCUAUCAGGCUAUCAGCACUAAGUUGAUCGGCACGUAUAGAUAAGCCAUGGGUCAAGCACUCGGUUUGGUACAAGUAGAUCAAUCGACAGUAGCCAUCAAGGAGUCCUUUGGGAAGUUUGAUGAGGUUCUUGAGCCUGGAUGCCACUUUUUACCCUGGUGCAUAGGGAAGCAGAUCGCUGGAUAUCUUUCCUUGCGUGUGCAGCAGCUGGAUGUCCGUUGUGAAACAAAGACUAAGGACAAUGUUUUUGUCAAUGUUGUGGCAUCUGUGCAAUACCGUGCUCUUGCUGAGAAGGCAUCAGACGCCUUUUACAGGCUUAGCAACACCAGGGAGCAAAUCCAGUCGUAUGUUUUUGAUGUGAUCAGGGCUAGUGUUCCAAAGAUGAACUUGGAUGAUGCAUUUGAGCAGAAGAAUGAGAUCGCAAAAGCUGUGGAAGAUGAGCUUGAAAAGGCAAUGUCAAUGUAUGGUUAUGAGAUUGUGCAAACUCUUAUUGUUGAUAUUGAACCAGAUGAGCAUGUUAAGAGAGCAAUGAAUGAAAUCAACGCAGCUGCUAGGCUGAGGGUGGCAGCCAAUGAGAAAGCUGAAGCAGAGAAGAUUCUUCAGAUCAAGAGAGCUGAAGGAGAUGCAGAAUCCAAGUACUUGGCUGGUCUGGGUAUCGCAAGGCAGCGUCAGGCUAUAGUGGAUGGGCUGAGAGACAGUGUUCUUGCCUUCUCCGAGAACGUGCCUGGGACCUCUGCCAAGGAUGUCAUGGAUAUGGUUCUGGUUACGCAAUACUUCGACACCAUGAAGGAGAUAGGAGCCUCAUCCAAGUCCUCUUCAGUGUUCAUCCCUCACGGGCCAGGUGCCGUCAAAGAUAUCGCUGCGCAGAUAAGAGAUGGUCAGCUCCAGGCCAAAUUGAUCUAAGAGGAUGGCAGGGAAUGGAUGUUCUGGAUUUCUUGGGCAUUACGAAAGUCUGCAGUAAUACCUUAUCUACGUAUUCGAUAUUUUGUGAGAUAAAAACUUAGGCAAAAGAAGUUCUAUUGUAAGUAUCACAUGCACGCGUGCUUCAGUACCGUUUGUUCAUAGUAAUUCCUGAGGUUAUUUCCCUAGACGAGUGUCAAUAUACUUCUUGAAUUGCAUGUUUCUGUAAAUAAUUCCUAAGUGUUACCGGGCUGUUUGGAAUUAUUUGCAUGUUGAUGUUAGUGACCUUAAGUAAUGUCCCAUCUUAUUAUGUGAUGUCAUGAUGAUUUCCAGAAUGCUAGAGUUUAAUACUGCUUGUGGAGAAAUAUCAAAUACUCCCUCCGUUUUGAGA